AUGCCAGGCAAUAGUAGCAAACUCAAUAUAUCCAACCCUAUCUCAAGGUCCAUCUCGCUACCGGUAAAGAGGAAGUUCGAUAAUUAUAACCCUCACCGUCCUCAUUUCCAUCUAGAUAAUUCAAAUUCAAAUAUAAUAAAUAAUAGAAGAUUGAAUCAUAAAAAUAAAUAUUACAACUUAAUAAGAAAUUAUAAUCCCACUUUCCAUGAUAUUCAAAAAUAUCAGGAUUCAAAUACUUUUGAUUUACCUCAUUUGAAAGCAAAUGCAGAUGAUUUAGUUCAAUUGAUCUCGAUGGAAUCAAACGAUUUGGCAUAUGUGAAAUUAAUAAAUAGAUUGGGUCAAGGUUUAAUCCCAUUAAAAUAUUUAGCUGAAUCUGCAAUUAAUAACACUACAAAUAAUAUUGCUACCAUCCCAGCAACCACAACACUUUUGGAAGGUAUCACAGCUCAAUCUUCUCAUGUUCCCACUAACAGUUCACAUGCAGGGUUUUCCAUAACACCUCCAGCUUCUCCCUUAUCAUUAAACUCCAAGAGUUUUGAUAUAGCAAACUCCAAGAGAUCAAAAAGUGUAUCUGCCUCAUCAUCGUCACAUUCCCCUAAUUCAAGUUUAAAUUCAAAUUCAACCCCCAUGGUUUCAAAUUUAAAUGAAUUAUCAGAUUGUAGAAUCAUUUCUAUUAAUAAUAAUACUAAUAAAAAUAGAUUACAAUACGUAUUGAAGCUAAUUUACGCAAAUUCUACCACAACUUCUUCUUCCUCUUUUACACUUUCUACUUUAUUCUAUUCGAAUUUCUACAAUUUACACGUUUAUCUUUUACAAACAAAUUUAAAACAAUCCAUUCCCAAUCUACCACCACCAACGACUACUAUUGCUACUAUAAAUUCAAAUACCGGACCCUCUUCAUCGGGAAUAAUUCACGGACAAAAUCCUACAUCUGGGAAAAUUACCGGAAUUAAUAACCCUAACGCGGAAAAACUAUCUGAAAAUGAUGAACGUAUAAAUCUUUUCAAUAAUUAUUUGCAAUCUAUUAUUUCUUUAAUUAAAACUACAAAUGAUACAACUAUAACCGCUACGUUCAUUCAUUGGUUAUUCCAUGGUAAGAUUGUAAAGCUUUCGGAAUUACAAAACUUGAAUUCAUCCCCAUUGACUCCAAAGGGAUCAUUCUCACCAACUACAAGAUCUUCUUCUUCUUCUUCAUCAUCUUGCUCUACUUAUUCAAGAUCUUGUUCAUGGAAUGAAAAUUCUAUUAAAAUUAAAAUCCAUUUUAAAAAUGAUUGUUAUAUUGUGAAAUCAACUUUCACAGAGGUUGACACUUUAAAUAAGUUGAAACAAAUAAUCAUUAAAAAGAUUAAUAAUUCUUCUUCAAAUUCAAAUUUGAAUUAUUCUUCAUUAACCAUGAAUAAUUUUAAUAUAAUUUCCAAGAUUUUCAAUUGGUAUAUCAUAGAAUUAACUAAUGAAUCCAUUUAUAAUGAUAUUUUGUUGAAAUUAUCUCAAGAUACUUCUUCCCAAUCAAGAUUGGUCUUGACUAUUAUUGAAAAUCAAUAA